AUGCCCUCAAAAGAGGACCCUAAAGUAUUGGGUAAGGUGGCGGAUGUACUUAAAUCAGAGGAUGAUUUAACUCAUAUUGAAACCAUCAUUGGAAGUCUUGACAAGGAGAAAUCCAGUGUGGACUCUCAAAUCAAGCUAGAACAAGAGCGCGGAAUGAAUGAAAUACAAGGCAUGAUCAAUAACAUGCAAACAGCAAAUAAGCAACUAAAACUUUUGGAAACAAAUAUUCAAAAACUCAAGGAUAUUCAGAAGGCAUCGACAUCUGAUAGAAGUGUCAGUGCAGUAUUUGACAAAGCUGCUACGACUUUAAAAAACUUUUUGGAUAUUGAAGAGUUGUACACAGGGUUUAAGACCCUUGCACAGAAGAUGGAUCUAAUCGAGGAGCUCAUGACAAUUGAGGUCCCAAAAGAUGCCGAGUAUUAUUCCGAAACAUCAAGUGGUGAUAACAUAUUACUAAUACAUUACGAAUUGAACCAACUGAGAGAUUUUAGAGAUAAGGUUGAAAUAAUGGCCGAAAAAUCAACUCCAGACAUACAACAUGCAGCGGACAACUCAUUUGUAAGAUUGGAUGAUCUAAUUUCUAGAUUUGAUCACAUUUUAAGAAUGGUGGUGGAUGCUUUUGUCGACAUAAUGAAUUGCGAGAAUUAUGGGCUUAUUAUUAAAUUGAUUCAAAUCAUUCAAUUUGAGGAGAAAGAAGACAUGAAAUUACAGUUACUGGAUAGUAUUUUUAGCACUACAUCCGCUGAUAAUACAGAAUCUUCACAAAAAGUUAAUAAAUUGCACAUGUAUGUUAAAAGAUCGCAUGUACGCUCUUACAGAAUGAAAUUUGACGAAUAUUUCGAAAAGGCUAUAAAAGAUGCUCUUGAUAAUAUAUUUGCAUCCACGGAUAGAGCAGAAAUAUUACAAGUUCUAGAUGAUAAUUAUUAUGAAACGUUGGGGCUUUACCGCACAAUUAUCAAACGAUGCUUUCCACCAGAAUGGAAUUAUUUCUUACGAAUAAUUCAAUGGAACCAAGAGGGCUUAAGAAAGCUUUUUUUGGAUGUCCUAGAUGAUGACCUAGUUUCAAAUAGUACGGUUGUUGAAAUGUUAAAUUUUGAAUAUGAAAAUCGGAAGAAACUUAAGGAAUUGUUCAAUCUCUCGAAAACGGAUAUUAAGAGUUGCAGUAUUUUGAAUAAGGAUAAGAUGGAUGAACUUUUGGAAGAUAAGGAGCCACCAGAUACUAAAGAGGAGAAAUUAGGAAUAGAAACAGCACAAACAGUGGUCGAAAUUUUAAAAUCAAAUAUUAAUGCUUUGGCUGAACUUGGAGAUUCCAAGAUACUUAUCCAAUACUUAGAAUUUUUUGCUGAAGUUGUUCUGAAACAGUAUUAUGACAAAUGGGAUACUGCUUUAUCACAGGAGGUGAAGAAAUGGACUCUUCCGGCGGAAAAUGAAAAUGGGGAAAUUACAGAGGAUAUAACUGUUGGAUUUAUGCCGAGAUACAUAACAAUUUUAGCAAACGAUUGUGUUAAACUUGUGGAUGCAUUGGAUGGGCAAUUUAAAGAGGUUAAAAAACUUCUACAUUCUAAUUUUCAUGAACAGGUUGAGAAAAUAGCAGAAGAUGCUUCCGGAUAUGCAAUCGAGUUAGGUACGACAUGCCUACAGAAACUUAAUGGUUUUAUCGUGGUAGAAUACCAACCUUAUUUGGAACAAGUAUUUUCAAAAGAAUGGUACAAGAGUUCAAGUAUGAUCGAAUAUUCCUUGGAAAUAGUUGAUGAAUCAUACAUGGGACCACUUGAAGAAUUCUUACAUCCAGAACUCUACAUUUCUCUUUUCGAGAUUGUUUUUGACCAAUACUUACUUUCGUACUUAAGUGCGUUGUUUUAUAAACGCAAAAUCAAAGAACCGAAAUUUUCUGAAAAAAUUGAAAGAGAUGGUAUUUUGAUCCAACAAACAUUUUCUAAGUUCGACCGGGCAGAGAUUGUGCCAGAUCAGCUGUAUAUUCUUGACAUUCUCAUUAAUCUGUCGAGUUGUGAAGAGUCUUCCGAAUAUGUGGAACAAUGGAAGUCAGCCGUGCAGGUAUUCAAUGAUCUUCCAUUAUCGUUCAUUAAAAUAAUUCUCAAGAAUAAGGGCCUUAGUGACAAUAAAACCAGCAUCAUAGCAGAUAUGUGUAAUGGAGCAUCAAAGGAAGUUGCUGCUUCUAAUGGAGAAGACCAAGCUUCAACAUUCAUGGCACGUUUUCAUGAUAUUACAACGGAUGAAUGA